CUUUCAGUGAAAUUACAAAUCAUGGCCACCACGGGAUGAGCAGAGUCAUGCAUUUCGUCAGUCAAAUCUAGAGUUUGCACUUAUUGCUUAAAGAUGGACGAAUGGGAAGAGAGACUUGGGUUUAAACCCCAACGAGAGGAUGUCUACAAUAAAUUACUGCCGUACGCUGAAGGACUUGACCAAGAAUCAGUUGAACAACUCGCGGAAAUCAAAACUCAUCUGAGCCGCAGCAUCCAGCUGUGUGAUGUGAAAGUUGGUGUAGUGCACUGGGUUAGCCAACUGACCAAAUACAUAAGAUGCCACGGUUUAAAGUUUUCCAAGGAGGACCACAUAUGCUUCGUGAAGAUUCUAUUUGAGAUGAUUACAAUACCAGAUCUUGAGUUGUCAUUAGUGCAGAAAUUUUCAACUUUGUUCAUCUCACUUUUGAAGAAAAAGGAGUUGCUGUCCAGAGAAGAUUUGGAAUUACCUUGGAAACCUCUCUAUAAACUAGCAGAAGAAGUGUUUUAUUCUACAUAUGAGCCUCAUGGUCUGGCUCUGUUUCCACCGACCAUUGAAUCACACAUCAAAAGUGUUGUUAGGAUGGCUCGGCCGUAUUUUUCUGUGGAAUCGACACAAGAAAUGUUAGAGGAGUGGCGCCCUUUAAUGUGUCCAUUUGACACUACCAUGGGGAAGGCAAUGAAAUAUUUUGAGCUGUUUCUACCAACCAUGCUGCCCCCAGAGCACCAUGACAAAGGCUUCAGGCUGUGGUUUGAAGAAUUCAUGAAUUUAUAUGACUCUGCUCAUAAUUCCCCAUCAUGGGAAGCAAAUUUGGUUGUGCUGUUUGCCAGACUAGCCAUUCAUAACACUGGAUAUGUAGACUGGAACCCAUACUUGCCCAAGAUAAUGACCCGCUUUCUGCGUAGCUUUGAUCUGAAUGUUGGUACAGCUGCAGUUCAGGCCAGUAGACCCCACAAUCACUAUGACCUGUCAGUUGUCACAAUCUGGAUAUCAUAUCUAAUGGGAGGUGACAGUACUGUACAGGAUCAUCUAGAGAAGUUGUUUAGAGCCAUCGAGACCUUCUAUCAUCCCUCUAACCAUGGGAAGUGGACACUGAAGCUGAUGUCAUUUCUGUCUAAACUUCCACUGGCAGUGGUGAAGAGGGUGCAUAGGGAGAGGCACAAGAAGCCAUCUUGGGAGCCACUGGCACUUGAGUCCCACCGACUGACAGAUGAACAGAUCACCAGAUUUGUCAAGAGUAUGAAGGAUAUAGUGUUCCUGGCAAUGUUCAGUAAAUAUGGGAGCUCUGACUCAGCUGCUGCCAUGCACAAUCUUGCUCUUCUAAGACCAGAACUCAUUAUACCUUCUUUGUUGGAGCAGUUAUAUCCAUCUUUAGAAACACUGACAGAACCCCACCGCCUGACUGCAUGUAUGAACUGUUUGAAUGCAGUGGCCCGCUCCAUGCUGUCCAAUACCAAGUGGUACCCUGACGGCAGGAACCACUUGUUGCCCAUAUUGAAUCUCAGUCUGCCAGGCAUUGACCCUAAUGAUUUCAAGAAAAGUCUGGUGACUUUUCAACUUCUUUCCACAUUUACUGCAAUGGUUCCCUUUGUGGACUGCUCAGGGGCUUCACAGCAAAGACAGGAUUUAGAUGAGAAUGAAAUGGAGCUUUGCUCUGCCACUGCCCAGUUUGAAGAUGUGGUACUACAGUUCUUAGACAGGGCCUUUGCAGUGAUUGAGAUGAACACUACAGAGGUCAGCAGUUCCAGGACUGGAAGUUUGUCAGAAGUGCGCCUGAAUCCCCAGGAACUGAUGAUCAAAGUUGGCAUGUUUUCUACUGUCAAUGCAGUGUUUCAACAGUGCUCAGGGCCAAUAUUUGAUUCAGUUCUCCAUAAACUGUUCAAUUAUGUGAGCUCUAGUCUGUGUGAGAUCCGUUUGGCUGGGAGAUUUGUUGCAGACUUGAUAAGAUCAGCAGCUAGGGCAAGUCCAGUGAAGACUUUGAAGAAGUUUGUGCCCUUUUUCUGUAGGAACAUCAAGGAAUUAACAGAGAGUGAUGAUGUUCAGAAAGAAGAGCAUUUAGACGAUUCUUUGCUCUUUAAUCUGCAAUUAUUAUCAGAGGUUGUUCGUUGCGAUGGAAAAGCUUUUUUACCAUUUAAAGAAGAUCUUCUACACAUACUGAAGAAAAGUCUUCACUUGACAUCUAAACCUGGCUAUGAACUGGCCAGAAACCUGUUGACCCACCUCUUGAAAGCACUGACCCUCAUUUACACUGUGGACUACAGAAGUGUGACAAAAGAUUGGGAUGCUCCUCUGGCUGAAUAUUUGCCUAUUAGGGAUUGGGCCAAACCUGGUGAUCUUGACAACAUGGGUGUGGAAUGGCAUGUCCCCUCUGAGGAAGAGAUGGAGUUUGCCAAGCAACUACUGGAAGACUGUCUACUUCCAGAGCUACACAAACUGGAGCAGUUCUGUAAUGGACAGAAAAUGGACAGGCAAGAAGUGAUUUGCAGUCUUGGAAUUGUUCAAGAGACUAUAUCUGGCGCUGGAAGUGUAUUUUCUCCUCUUUUAGGAAAGCCCAUUCAGUUGGCUGAAUCUGAAGUGCCAUUACGCAGAUUCAAACACAUAUGUGGAUUUGAAAAUCAGGUUGUGAAACUGAAUGGGGAAGAAGUUCGGCCACUCAUCCUUAGAACAGUAAAAAGGGUACUGGCUCAUAUUUUAUCUAGCCAUGAAGAUGAUACUAAAAGUUUAUUUCAUAUUAUACAGAUCUACAAUCUGUUGCUGUUUUAUAAUGGGGAAUGGAAAGAAGAAUUUGAAGCAAGAUGGAGGAGCUUCCAUAUUGUCAAGAAAGCAAUGGGGAACAAGCUUCAAGGGAAAAAACAACAUCUGAGAGCAGUGCUAGUGGAUAGACUGCAGUUGCAACAUGAGUGGCGCAUGCUGAAUCGUGUGGACAAAACAUUUACGGAUCUUCACAAAGAAAUCUUUGAUGAUUUACUGACACUGUCUGUUAGUAGAUACAGAGAGGUAAGACAGAAGGCACAAGCAGCAAUUACCAAAGGCUUCAAUUUGUUUACCUACUCGUACAAGCUGUUCUUGUCUGACAUCCUAAAAUAUCUCAAGGAUCCCACAAUGGAGCACCAUCAGUUCAAGGGUGGUCUAUACCUGGUGCUGGGGACAGUGGACAAGAGGUGCCUUGCCACCAAGAGAAGCUGGGAGAUUUUGAACCAGAUAUGGCCAGUCUUGGUCCAGGCUCAGCACUCUGAGAAACCAUCUAUACUGAAGCUCAUCGAUGAUAUAGCUGACAAAGUCCACAAACACCUCACCACUAUAUCUGUUAACAUACAGGUACCUCCCCAUUGUUUAGAAGUUGCCCAGUUGCCCUGGAGCACCCAGUCACCAAAGCCAGUACUGCCUCCUGCCAACUCCGAGGAGAUGAAGCAUGGACUAGAGCAGCAAGAGGAGAGAAAUAGCUGCUAUACACAGCAAUACUAUAAACUGGUCAAUACCCUGGUUGAACUUGUAGAGGGAGGUACAUUGCGAUGGAAAUUUUACCAGAUUGCAAUGGAGCUUUUAGCCCUCAUCAUCAGGCAUGAUGCCAAGUUGCCUCAAAGUGCUGUCAACCUCUUUGUCAAGAACAUGGCCAGUGAGACGUUGUUGAUUAGAAAGCUUUCUUUGGGUGCAGUGUCUUCCAUUCUGAAGCAACAGAAGAGAAAGCAUCCGCGCAUGGUAAUAGAUCCCUUUGCUGUUAGUGGCUGUGAACAGCCUAGCAAUGGACAUUCUUUGCCAGGAGAUAGCAGACUGGACAAUGCAUGGCUGCAGUAUCGGUCAGACACACGUCCAGAUACGCUGGACAAGUGGGAGAAGACAGUGUUUGUGGACAAAACACAUUGGGGAUACUACUGCUGGCCAAAAAAUAUGGAAGUAUACGCUCCAUGCUCACAGCAGCCAAAGUUAGGGAGAAAGAGAGAAGAGUUGGAACCUGAAGAGCAACCCAUAUAUGAUCAUUUUACUAGACAAGACUUUGUUGACAAGAUGCUGGGGUUUCUAUCUCUAGAAGAAAAUAAAGGAAAGGAUAAAUUUUCUACCAAACAUUAUACUCUUUUCAAGGGAUUGUUUAGGAAUUUUGAUGAUGCCUUUCUGCCAUAUCUUAAACCACACAUUGAGAAGCUUGUUGCUGAUACGAGUCAUGAUGGUCAUGACAGCAGCCAACGCUGUGCUGCUGAAAUCAUUUCUGGGUUGAUUAGAGGCAGCAAACACUGGACUUUCGACAAGGUAUCUUCCAUGUGGGAAUGGUUGGUUCCAGUUUUAAGAUUUGCUAUCAAUAACAUGACCACAGAAAGUGUGACUGACUGGGGCACUUGUUUUGCUACAGCAUCAGAAAGUCGUGAUCCGAGAAAACUCCAUUGGCUAUUUGAGGUUUUGAUGGAGAGCCCAAUAAGUGGUGCUGGAGGGUCCUUUGGAGAUGCAAGUCGUUUGUACGUACUUCAAGGUGCAUUGGCACAACAAGAAUGGCGUGUUGCAGAGUUGCUACAUAGGCUUAUAAACUACCUCAUCCCUCAUCUGAAACACCCUUACAAAAAUGUCCGAGAUAGGAUUGGAAGUGUUCUCACUAGUAUAAGUGUGUCUGACUAUACUGUGCCACAUGGCCUGCCAACAAGGUGCCCACAAAGGAAGGAAUUCAUAGAGGGUUUCUUGCCACAGCUUGAGGUGCUAGAAGAUGUUGAAGAUAGCCCACCUCUCUCUAUAGCAACUACAGAGAAGAUGGAAGUGGACAAAGCAACAGAUGAUGUCACGCCCGAUGAAAAGAUGGAAGUGGAUGAUGAAUCUGCGGCAAAUAAUCAUGUCAAAGAAGAUGCAGAUAUUGAUGAUCCAAGGAAGAGUGCCAUCAAACUCUGUAAAACAGUAAUGAAGUAUGUCCAGGGGAACUUGAGUCGUAUGUUUCACUGCCAGUCACCAGAACAGCUCAAACUUUUGCCUGUGAUUGCUCCUCUGAAUAGUGUGACUGGGGAUGAUGAUCUCAAACGAGAGACCAGUGUCACUUUAGCAUGUAUGGCUCAGACAUAUAUCCCACCUAAAGACAUAAGCUUAGCUUUAGCUAUUGCUAAAGAGGUGUCUGGUCUGAAGUCUUGGCAUGCCAGGUCAGCCAUCUUGCAGUACAUACAGGUCAUGGUGUUCAGCAACCUGUUCAAUCUUCAACAGCCUGAAUAUAAAGAACAUGUGAAAGAACUAGUGCUGCACUUGCUAUGUGAUGAUCAGCUAGAGGUGCGAGAAAUGGCUGCUGUAACAUUAGGAGGAUUUCUUCACUGCAAAUACUUUGACAUAGACCAUGAUUUGCUGCAGCAUUUUGAGAAGCUUAGUAGUACAAAACUGAAGAAAAAGCGACGUCUCUCUGGGCCAUUGUCCUUGGAAAACUUGCUAAAGCGCCAUGCUGGAGUUCUGGGACUUAGUGCUUGUAUACAAGCCUAUCCAUAUGAUGUUCCUGGAUUCAUGCCACAGGUUUUAAUGGACCUUAGUGACCAUGUGGAUGACCCACAACCAAUUCAGAUGACUGUAAAGAAGACUCUCUCAGACUUCAGGAGAACCCACCAUGACAACUGGAUGGACCACAAGCAGAAGUUCACUGAUGACCAACUUGUGGUACUCACUGAUCUUCUGGUUUCACCCAAUUACUAUGCUUGAGGCAGGACACAAAAACAGUUUCCCACCUUCCAAGGAUAAUUACUUUUUAUAAACACAAAUUAUUACUAAUUCAAUGAAUUUAUUGAAAGUUUGGGCAAUUGGUCAUGUUAUUCAAGAUUUAAUAAGGGUGUAAUAGGGUGUUGUACUUUAAUCCAACAUUAAGCAAUAUUGUUAUUUAUUUAUUUAUUUUAGGUAAAAAAUAACCACAUCAUUCACAGCACAAAACCAUUAUGUAUGGAUCAAUAUGUAAGACUUGUGUAGGUCUCUUGAUAACAUGUCAUACCCAUGCAUAAUAAACAAAAUAUGAUAGGUAUUUGAAGAAUGGCUGCUUUUAAGGAUUAAUUUACAGAAAAUCUUUUAAGUUCUUUAAGAGACAGUCUUCGUUCAUCUUUGUUUGUCAUUGAUUUUAGUUACCUUCAAUUUAUAAUCUCAUGCAAUGAGAUGGAAAGUUAUGGAUAUUAAUGCAAAGGCAUAACAACCAUAAGCUGAAUUUGAUCCAAGAAAUAAUUUCAUUAUUAUUAUUGAAGAGAACUCUAUAUAAAGUAACCAUUGUAGAAACAUACCUGAUUUUUUUCAGUGUUGGUUUUAAUUGGCUGUUUAUAUGAAACAGCAGAUAACAUUUUUUGAAAAUCCCUCAUUGUAUUCUUGGUAAGAAUUUUUAAAUAUUAUACCAACCCUCAUUAAGACCAGGGUAUCCAAUCAAGCACAUCUGUUAAACAUUGAAUAUAUUCAUAUAAUCACUCAAUGGUGAAAGUCUCAAGUGAUAAAAUAGGAGUGCCAGAGACAAAAUUAAUUGAAGAACAUGUAUGUCUUAAUUCUGAAUGUUUAUUAUACACAUUAAUCAGACUUAACAGCAUAUUGUUAAAGUUGGCAGAAAGGUAUGGAUGUUUUGGAGCAAUGUUAUUUGAAUAGAAGAAGAGACAAAAAAAUGGAGUCCAAGCUUUAUUAUAUGUUGUUGGGAGUUGCCAUUACGUGCACUUAUUGUCUGUUAAUCAAGUUAACCGAACAGUAAUAGAUAUUUUACAGCAAGUUAACAGACUAGAAAAAGAUUUGAUGGCAAAUUUACAAGAAAAAAAGUAAAACAUACAAAUAUU